UUCCGUCACGUUCUCUACAUUGGUACUACUAUUGCUCAUUCUCCUCUCUUUCGUUGUCGUCGCCGACAGGAAUCUACGACGUCGGAGAAUCGAUAGGGUUAGGGUUUUCGUUAAAAUGGAAGGCGUCAUUGGCCUUGUGAAUAGAAUUCAGAGAGCGUGUACGCUCCUCGGUGAUUACGGUGAUGAUCGAAGUUUGCCUACUCUUUGGGAUACUCUUCCAACUAUCGUCGUCCUCGGUGGCCAGAGUUCGGGGAAGUCUUCGGUUUUGGAGAGCAUCGUCGGCCGGGAUUUUCUUCCUAGAGGAUCAGGGAUUGUAACAAGAAGGCCAUUAGUUUUGCAACUUUACAAGACUGAGCCAGGACAAGAAGACUAUGCACAGUUUCUUCACACUGGAAAUAGAAAGUUUAUAGAUUUUGCUAUGGUAAGAUCAGAGAUCCAGGAAGAAACUGACAAGGUGACUGGAAAGACAAAGCAGAUUUCUUCUCUUCCUAUUAAUCUCAGCAUCUACUCUCCAAACGUUGUCAAUUUGACGUUAGUAGAUUUACCUGGUUUAACAAAGGUCGCCGUCGAGGGGCAGCCUGAAAGUAUAGUUCAGGAAAUUGAAGAUAUGGUUCGCUCAUAUGCUGAGAAGCCGAACUGUAUUCUUUUAGCUAUUACCCCAGCCAAUCAGGAUGUUGCAACAUCUGAUGCUAUAAAGAUUGCUCGAGAAGUUGACCCAACUGGUGAACGUACAGUCGGUGUGUUGACAAAGCUUGACUUGAUGGACAAGGGAACAAAUGCAUUGGAUGUACUUGAAGGAAGAUCUUAUCGGUUACAACAUCCUUGGGUUGGAAUUGUCAAUCGUUCACAGGCCGAUAUUAAUAGAAAUGUUGAUAUGAUUGUUGCAAGGCGUAAGGAACGUGAAUUUUUUGCUACAAGUCCUGAGUAUGGACAUUUGGCCAGUAGAAUGGGUUCAGAGUAUUUGGCAAAACUACUCUCAAAACACCUAGAAUCUGUGAUCAAGGCCCGUAUACCAACCAUUUUGUCUUUGAUCAAUAGAAGCAUUGAUGAGCUUGAGGAAGAGCUGAGUUACCUAGGGAGACCUGUUGCUAUUGAUGCAAGCGCGCAGUUGUAUGCCAUAUUAGAGCUGUGCCGUGCUUUUGAUAGGAUUUUCAAGGAGCACCUUGAAGGAGGGCGACCAGGAGGAGAUCGCAUUUAUUGGGUUUUUGACAACCAGCUCCCUGCUGCUCUAAGAAAGCUUCCACUGGAUCGUCAUCUCUCGCUGCAAAAUGUUCGGAAGGUUGUCUCUGAGGCAGAUGGCUAUCAACCUCAUCUAAUAGCACCAGAGCAAGGUUAUAGACGACUUAUUGAUGGUGCUCUUAAUUAUUUCAGGGGUCCUGCUGAAGCCUCAGCAGAUGCAGUUCACUUCAUCUUGAAAGAGCUGGUGGGGAAGUCAAUAGGGGAAACUCAGGAACUAAGUCGCUUUCCAACUCUUCGAACAGAGAUAGCAUCCGCUGCGAAUGAAGCAUUAGAGAGAUUCCGUGAUGACAGCAAGAAAACUGUUCUGAGGAUGGUGGACAUGGAAUCCUCAUACCUUACUAUUGACUUUUUCCGGAAACUCCCACAAGAAGCUGAUAAGGGUGGAAGCCCAACUGCUUCAACUGCUGACCGUUACACAGAGGGGCACUUGCGCAGGAUAGGCUCAACCAUUUCCUCAUAUAUCGGGAUGGUGUCUGAUACCCUACGAAAUACAAUACCAAAGGCCGUGGUUUAUUGUCAAGUUCGGGAAGCCAAACAUUCUUUACUUGAUCAUUUCUAUACGCAACUGGGCAAAAAAGAGGGUAAAACUCUCGCCCGGUUACUGGAUGAAGAUCCAAUCCUGAUGGAGAGGAGGCAGAAAUGUUCAAGAAGGCUUGAGCUGUACAAGUCUGCUAGAAAUGAAAUAGAUUCAGCGUUAUGGGCAAAAUGAUGUUAAAGUGUACAUAGUUUGCAGACUAGUUGGAAAAUGUUUUUCGGUCUAAACCUAGACUUUUCAAAGCCACAGCAUCUUUUACGGGUUUAAACUAAGUUGCAUUAUUGGCAGUUUUGAACUUUGAAUUA